AUGACCUUCAAUCACCGUGAAAGCCUGACUGAGACAGAGCAUCACAUCGGCAACCUGGUCGAUAGUGCCAAACGCGCCAAAGACAAGGCCAAGGAGAAAACUAAGCAAUUGUUCUCUCCGGCUGAAACUCGACCCCUUACCGACGAUGAAGAUGAUAUCUUUGCUGAUGCAGCUUUCGACUCAGCGCAAGCCCUGAAACAAGCGUCGGAGAAUCGGGGGAGGUCAACCAGCGAAGCAAUUCGAGAUGACCUCAAGAGCGCCAAAUAUCUGGUUACCCAUCCUCGGAGGGUCAUGAGAAGCAAAGCUACACAUAUCGCGUCUGAGAAACUAGGCCGGCAACACCCGUUAUUGACGCUUGACCGCGACCAGGAUUUGCUUGACGCACAUGAUGCUUUCUCGCAAGCAGUGUCGAGCAAUGCGUCGGAUACCUCGGACAUUGAAAAUGUGAUCUCCGAGCUGGACGAAGCGCACGGCCGCGUACAGAAAGUCGAACAGCAGAGAGAAAGUCUACAAACAGCUUGGAUCUUGAGUCGGCACGUCUCCCGUGUCAAAGUUGUGCGUCCAUUAUCUCGCCCAGCCAAAUCACAAUUCAAGAAGGAAGAUCGCUUCGAGUGGGAGAGGUAUCUCGGCUAUAUGGCCCUCUACUAUACCCGAAACUUCACAUCAGGGUACAUCGAUGACUUCACAUCUCCACCCUUUGACCUGGAAGAUCUUGCUCGAAUCAUUGAACGGAUUGCGAUUACUUCUGCACCAUGGCAAUCAUUUCUCGUCAAGGUGCGUCAGGUCUACAUGUGGAAAGACCCAAAACAGACGGCGAAAUGGUUGGCGCUGUAUCUGGUCUUGUGGUACACUCAGCAUAUCGUGGCUUACUUCUACUUUUACGUCAUCUAUUCUACCUUACGCAACAGAUUCCGCGAAACCUCUAUACGGACGGUACGAGAGAGCGUCGGGAGGGCUAUUGAUCGUAAAGCACGAGUCCAGGCAUGGGGUGAACUCAUUCAAAGACACGGACAGCAUGACUGGCUGGAACAAUUUCUCGACGAGAUCGGGCCGAUGAUCCAACUGCAACUAGGCGACUUGGCCGACCUACUCGAAAUCCUUGUCAAUUUCCAUCGUUGGGAACGAUCAAGCCUGACGCUUGCGACACUCUUCUUCUUCUCCUGCUCUCUGCUUAUCUCAUUGUGUGCGGAUAUGGAGUUUUGCAUGAAACUGGUUUGGUUCAUUGCAGGCGGCGCGUUCUUCUUGACAUAUCCGAUCUCUGCGAAUUUCCCCAAGUAUAGGCUGUUGCUGUCGCACUGGAGAUGGGUAUUUUGGGAUAUCCCAACACACGCAGAGUUAGCCAUCUUAACCUUGCAAAGGAAGGCAGCCUCAAAGGAGGCGAAUUUCGAGGAAUUUGAAUACAAAGAUGACGACCGGCGAGCGGUGCGACCAAAGAAGUUGGCUUCGUCCUAUUCGUUCAAAGUCCACGACAGCGUCGAAGGAAGGUGUCAACUCACGGUUGCCAGGGAAUGCCUCACCAUCUCUGCAAAAGAUGGAUCCGAACGAAAAUGGCCAUUCUCCUCCUUCGUCGAAAUUCGCAAGCUCGAUCAUAUCGACGUCCAGUCCACUUCGACGCUAAAGAAUCUCAGCCGUCUACACUCUCGAUAUGCGGAGGUGCUGCAGUUCAGGUUCCUGGAUGACACAGAUCUCACGGUACUGUUGCACCCUGCGGACAGAGACCGCGUGUUUAAUCUUGUCCUUGCUUGGAGCGGGCUAAAAUGGCAGUGCUUGCGCAUGGAACGACACAACACUCUUGACAGCGAGAGAAGCAAUCUGGACCGGGCCAUCAAGCGGGCCUUUCUAUGA